AUUUUCAUUUCAUUUUUUUUGUGUAAUAUUGGUUCAUAUCUAGUUGACAUUGAGUUUUUAUGAAUUAUGACAUUUUUCGCUUUCAUUUAUGUACAUCUAUAGCAGUUUAAACUUAGUCGAGAAGAAUUGUUAUGUAUUUGUUAUUUUUCAGAAUUAGGUUUUUUAUUUUAAAUUUUAUCAACCUAUUUUUCAUUAUGAUUGUAACUGUUUUUGCAUGUUUGUUUGUUUUUUUAAUUUUUUUUGUGUAAUGAUGGUUCAUAUCUAGUUGACAUUGAGUUUUUUUGAAUUAUGACAUUUUUCGCUUUUCAUUUAUGUACAGCUAUGGCAGUUUAAACUUAGUCGAGAAGUUCAUUCUCACUCCAAGGUCGAUACGCGCAUGUCGUAUGAUAUCAUUUCCGAAAUCAAAUCGACUCUUAAUGCCGGUGAAUUGGAAAUGUUCAGACAAUGUUGCUUCGGGUACCUCAUUGACAUUCCAGAGAUCACAAUGCAAAAUCAGAUUAUCCACUGUUUGUUACUAAGGGAGGUCGUACAAUUGAACAAAUCUGAAUUAUGGUUUGAAGUCGGCGGGUGUCGGCUGAAAUUUGGCAUUGAAGAAUUUGCGCUGGUGUCUGGUUUAAACUGCCAAGGUGACAGCAGUAAAUAUGGCUAUCCAAAAGUUGCAAAUGGCCUUUAUGACAAGUACUUCAGCGGGCUGCAAUCGGUUUCUAAACAAACCCUUCAGGAUUUGUUUUUAUCUAGGCGUUGGGAUUCGGAGGAGGACGGUUUUAAGCUCGCAUUUAUGCAUUUUUUGCACAAUUUCUUGCUUGCUUCACCAAAGACUGCUCGUAUCCCUUUGAAAGACUUUGAUGUCGUUGAUUCUGCCGAUUUUAAUGACUAUCCGUGGGGUGUUGAUGUAUUCAAGUGCACGUUUGAUUCCCUGGCCACAAAAGCUGUUCUUACUCCGGGAUGUCUUAAGGCUGAAGACAAUGCUUACCACUAUCGCCUAAAUGGUUUUCCAUAUGUAUUGCAAUGCUGGUUCUAUGAGUGCUGCCCGGCAGCCAAAAAAACUUUUGUUCAACUUGUGAACAAAACUGCUAUCCCGCGUAUUUUGAGAUGGCAAGCAUUUUUUCAUCCAAAAUACAUUCCUGUCGACAGAGAACUCUUUGUUGAAUUUGCAUCUGAUCAGGUGUUUUUUCGGUCUAUUGUUCCAACCCCUGCAGAAAAGAAUGCCCUUCCUUUAGGUGACUUUUUCAAAAAGAAUAAGGGUAAGGGUAAGGCGGUGAAUGAUUCAAAUGUUAGCCAAGUAGGUGGGAAUGAAGACGGUUAUUGUCCGGCGUUUGAUAUAUCGAAUGCUUCUGAAUCAAUAACGCAAACUUUGGAUUUACGUAAAAUGGAAAAGAAGCUUCAAGUUUUGAUGGUUGGUCAGAAGACCAUGCAGGCUGACAUAUUGGAGUUUAAACGUGUUUUCACUUGCAAAUUUUCCGAAGUUUUGACAGUUGUAAAUUCGUUAAAUGCGAUGCUUACUGAUAUUGUUGAUUCAAAAAAGGACAAAGUUGAUGAUUCCAAUGUAGACGCCUCAUCUUCUCGAGAUGGCAGUGAACAUGAGGAUGAUUCUAAAUCAUCUUCUAUUGAACCUGAAGUUUCUAUUGAAACAGAAAACACUGAUUCUGAAGAUUCUGCCAUACUUUUAAAGACUCUGAGUAAGAAAAAGAAAGAAUGUGAUAGUUUGCAGACAAAAAGUGUUGAAAAGGAGAAAAAUGCUGAUCUUCCCGCGAAGAAAAAUAGUUCUAUAGGAACCGAAGGAGGAGUUGAAGAUUCCGUUGAUGCUCAAAAGGUCACGCAUACUGAUGAAAUCGAUCCUAAGUCUUAUUCUGUAAAAGAAAAUAGAGAAGGGGAGUCUUCAGAUGAAGAAGAAAGUAAUAAAAAAAUGGAAGAGGUAGGGGAGCCUUCUGAUGGAGAAGAAAGUGAUGAAAAAAGUGAAGAUGUAGGUGAGGAGGAUGGUUCUAAAAAAAUGGAAGAUGCAGAUUUGGUUGACGAGAAGGCUGGUGAUUGGACUGACAUUACUGAUAAUGUUCCAAAUGAGAAGAAUAUGGAAGCUGAUGCUGUGAUUGCUUCGACUGCUAAGGUUCCGCGUGAAAGUAAGGCGAUUUCAAUAUCUCCAACAUGCACUUUGACAGAAGAAAUGUGUGAUGAGGCUGAAAAAAAGGCAUAUGAAUCCAUUGCUAAAUUAAAAUCUAAGGAGAUUGACUAUAUAGAAGCAAACUUCGGUACUGAUUCUAUUAACCCUGAUGUUGUGACUCCAGUUCCUUCUAAAAGGAUUGUAAAACCUAGUUUUUUAAUGAAGUCACCAUUUUUGAACGAGUUUGGUUCUUCUUCAGGCUGCAUUAUGCCGAAGCCGAGUAAUGGCAGCGUCUGUCUUUGUCCAUUUGACGGUAAUUGCAUUUUUUUUAGUGAUGUCACUAAACAAGAUAUUGUUCGGAAAUGGCUGGCAGAAGGCAAUCCUAAAAGCUCCAGGUUCGUAUGCUAACUCAUUUUAUGUUUAGAAUUAUUUUGUUUCACUUAGAUUUUUUAAUUUGUUUUCUUUUUGUUUUUAGGAAGAAAAUAUACGAUUUAAAGACUGACAUAUUGCGUCCCCGUUUUUGUCUUGGCGUUGCUGACAUUGACUCAAAAAGUUGGUUUUACAAUCUUUUUCACAUUGGACAGCCUAUCGCGUGUUCUCAUGUAGAUAUUUUGCUUUAUUAUCUGAGGAAAAAAAUUAAAAACGGACGUGGUGCAAACAGAAGAUGCACAACUACUGACAAUUUUUUCGAUCGACGUAUUCAAGCCAUAUACGCUUUAUACUUGAAAAAGCAAGAUACGUCACU